CCGGCCUAAGUGGGGAAGGGGGCGGUGUUGAGAUGGGGGCGGCGGCGGCGGAGGCGGAUCGCACCCUCUUCGUGGGUAACCUCGAGACUAAGGUCACCGAGGAGCUCCUCUUCGAGCUGUUCCACCAGGCUGGGCCAGUAAUAAAGGUGAAAAUUCCAAAAGAUAAGGAUGGUAAACCAAAGCAAUUUGCCUUUGUCAACUUCAAACAUGAAGUAUCUGUUCCUUAUGCAAUGAAUCUUCUUAAUGGAAUCAAACUUUUUGGGAGGCCCAUCAAAAUUCAGUUUAGAUCAGGAAGUAGUCAUGCCUCACAGGAUGUCAGUCCUUCCUAUCCCCAGCAUCAAGUUGUAAACUCAAGCCCUACCUCCACAUCUCCUACCAGAUAUGAAAGGACUGUGGAUAAUAUGACUCCAUCAUCACAGAUAAUUCAGAGAUCAUUCUCAUCUCCAGAAAAUUAUCAGAGACAAGCAGUGAUGAACAGUGUUUUGAGACAGAUGUCAUAUGGUGGGAAAUUUGGUUCUAUGCGUGUGGAUCAAUCUGGAUUUUCAUCAUCAGUUCAGUCACAUGGUCAUAACUUUAACCAGUCUUCAAGCUCCCAGUGGCGCCAUGAUACACCGUCAUCACAGCGCAAAGUCAGACAGAGUUCCCAUCCCUACCUAGCAGAUAGACAUUAUAGCCAACAGCGUUACACUGAUCAUGGGCCUGACUACCAUUACAGAGGAAUCAGAGAUGAUUUCUUCUAUGAAGACAGGAGUCCUGAUGGCUGGAACCAUGACUACGAUAACAGAAGAGACAUUAGUAGAGAUGGAAAAUGGCACUUAUCUCGACACUAGAAAGUGGUACAAUGAGAUUGUCUUAGGGCCAUUUCAGGCCCUUGUCACUAAGUUGGUCUGGACAUUUUGUAGAACUGUACAGAGCAGCUUUACAAGUUGCACAUUUCUUAUAAGAAGUUUUAAAACCCAUAGCUGCAGUUUCAUGCAGACAUGAGAACUGUGGUUCCAGUUUUAUUACAGUAAUAACCUUUCACCUCAGGGUUUUAGGAAGAGGAAAGGGUUUUAUA